CCAUUUCUUCACCGUUUCUUAUCUUGUUGGUUGCAUUUCAUUCAGGCUUGCUGCUGUCGAAUUUGAUCCUUCGGUACCGCCCGCACUCCUGAGAGACAGAGAGAACAAAAAUGGCAGAAGCUGUCAUCGCCGGUAUUGCUGGAAAGAUCGUCACUUAUCUGGUUCCUCAAGCACUGGAAAAUGUUGGAAAGUUAUGGGGCGUUAAGCAUGAACUUGAGGUGCUCAGGGUCACUGUCUCCACUCUUCAGGCUAUACUGGAGGAUGCAGAAGAGCAAUACCACCAGAGUCCCCAAAUCAAAGUUUGGGUUGAUGAACUGAAAGAAGCUUUCUACGAUGCACAGGACGUGCUUGAAGAAUUUAAUAUAGAAGCCAUGCGACUAGAAUUGAGGGGCCACAAUGAAAUGAUGAAGGAGGUAAGGACAUUUUUCUCAAGUUCAAACCAGCUUGCUUUUAAAAUGAAGAUGAGUUACAAACUAAGAGCCGUUAGGGUGAGAAUAGAAGCCAUUAAGGCUGAUAAGGGAUUCCACUUGGAUGAGCGCCCCAAGAGAGAGUGGAGGAAGAGAGAAGAGACGCAUUCGUUUAUACGUAAGGAAGAUAUUAGAGGGAGAGAUGAAGAUAAGAAGGUGGUCAUGGAAUUUUUACUGGAUUCAAACGUGCAAGAGAACGUUUCUGAGCUCGCCGAUCCCGAGCUCGUUCGUUCCGUGCCGUCCACCGUCGGCUGCUGCGAGUCGGCUGCCGCGUCGCCUAGCCGUCCCAGUCUUUCCAUCCUUCCAAUAGUUGGUAUUGGGGGGCUUGGAAAAACAGCUCUUGCUCAAUGUGUGUAUAAUGAUGACAUUGUCAGUAAACAUUUUAACUUGAAAAUGUGGGUUUGUGUUUCUGAUGACUUUGACAUCACAAAAAUAGUGAAAAAUAUGAUAGCUUGUGCAAAGAAGAAAGAACCAACCGAGGUUGCGAUGGAACGGUUGCAAAGUGAACUGAGGGAAGGGAUUGAUGGAAAGAGAUACCUCUUAGUUUUAGAUGAUGUGUGGAAUGUAGAACAAGAAACAUGGCUGAGCUUGAAAACUUUAUUGUUGGGAGGUGCUAGAGGAAGCAAGAUCCUCAUAACUACACGCCUUCCUUUGGUUGCGAAGAUCACCGGCACUGCUCUGCCUCAUCUUCUUGAGGGCUUAUCUGAAAGUGCGUCUCUUGAAUUACUAAUGCAAAUGGCUUGUUGCAAACAAGAGGAGAUACAAGAGCCUGACAUGCUAGCUAUUGGUAAAGAUAUAGUUAGAAAGUGCUCCGGGGUUCCAUUGGCUGUUCGAACUAUUGGGAGUUUACUCUUUAAGAAGAAUAAGCACGAAUGGUCGCAAUUCAAAGAAAAAGAGCUCCUAAAUGUGUCUCAAAGGGAAGACGGCAUAAUAUCAAUUCUUAAGCUUAGUUAUGAUCAUCUUCCUUCACAUUUGAAACAAUGUUUCGCGUUUUGUUCAUUGUUUCCCAAAGAUUAUGAGAUACAGAAGCAGACUUUGGUCGAUCUUUGGAUGGCAGAAGGAUUUAUCCAGCAAUCAAAUAGAGGUCAGCAUUUAGAAGACAUUGCUUGUGGAUAUUUCGAGGAUCUACUAUGGAGUAACUUCUUUCAAGAUUAUCAGGAAGAUAAUGAGACUUGCAAGAUGCAUGAUUUGAUGCAUGAUCUAGCCUGCUUAGUUGCACGGACCGAGUGUUGGGUGGCAUGGGAUGACACAAAAUCCAUACACGAAAGAACUCGUCAUAUAUCAUAUGGUUCAACUUUCAAUUUGAGGGGCGAAUUUCUAAUCUCAUGCUCAAAAGCUAGUGUGCUGAGAACAUUUCUGAACGUUGCUAGUUAUUGGGAAAUGAAACUAAUGAGUGAAGCAGAUUUAUGCCAACUCAUUCAAAGUUUCAAGAGGUUACGCGUCUUGGAUUUGCAUGAAAAUAAUGUAGAGAAGGUGCCAAGGUCCAUUUGUAAGUUGAAGUAUCUCACGUAUCUCGAUCUCUCUGGCAAUCAUAAACUGAAAAGGCUUCCUAACUCUAUUAUGAGAUUGCAGAAUUUGCAAACUCUUAAUCUCGAGGGUUGUUCUGUCCUUGAAGAAUUGCCAAGGGGUAUAAGGAAGUUAGUUAGCCUUCGAAAUCUAGACAUAGAUGGUUGUUGGAAACUUAGUUAUUUGCCAAACGGACUAGGGCAAUUGAGUUCUCUGCAAAGGCUAGCGCGCUUCAUUUUGCCUAAAAAUAAAGCUCUUGAUAAGAAUUAUUGCAGACUUGGGGAGCUAAAUGGGCUUAAUAACAUCUUGGGAAGCCUUUGCAUUGAGAAUUUGGGAAGUGUGAUAGAUGCCGAAGCAGAAUCCAAGGCUGCGAACUUGAUAGGGAAGCAUUCUCUGGAAUCUUUGAAACUUGAAUGGAGCAAUUUCGAUACCGAUGAUGCAGUAAUCGGGGAUAGAGAUGAAAUGCUAUUAGAUGGACUGAGGCCACACUCAAAUCUGCAGAAGUUGAGGAUUAAAGGAUAUAAAGGUGAGAGCUUUCCAAGGUGGAUGACGGAUAGCCUUGUGUCUUCUUUGCCAAAAUUAGUUGAGGUAUACUUCUCCGGCUGUGAAAGAUGUAAACAUCUCCCUCCACUAGGCCAACUACCUCACCUCAAGACUUUAAAGAUUUCGGGGCUGACCAAAUUGGAAUACAUUGAGUCGGACCGUUCAUCCACUUCAGCGGCAUCAUUUCCUAGUCUAUUGGAAUUGGAGAUCAAUAAUUGUAUGAAAUUGAAAGCCAUGCCACCAGCUCCACAUCUCGAGCGAUUAAGCCUGUAUGGGGCCCACCCAGCGUUGAUAAAUAUGAUAGUUGACCUUAAUAAGUUGAAGCGCCUAGUAAUCUGGGGGAUGGAGUCUCUAGAAUGUGUGCCCGAGGAGUACUGAAAAAGCCUCGCCUCC